AUGGAGACCUUCAAAGCCGGAUUGGUGAGCACACUGGACAAGCUGACCCAGUUCGACCUGGAAAUGAAGUUCAAGCUUCUCCCGAGGAAUCACAGGAAGAAGCUUCGAAUCACCAUGAUGGAAAUAGACUCGGCCUCCACGACCUCGCAGCUGGCCGAUCUGGUGCUGAAGUGUUACGGCGUGUCCGGGACUCACAAGUUCUUGCUCUGGAUGUUCCAGCGGUUAGGUCGUGUGGACUUGAUAGACGCAUGGGUAUUACAAAAGUCUAUGGCAGAGAAACAAAAUGCGGGGAGUGUGGACUACGUUAAUCAGUGUCAAAUGCUGCAGAGUGGUGAAAAAGUAAGGGUUUCGAUAACAGCUUUGAAGAGACAGUAUGAAAAUUAUGGUGAUAAAAUGGAAUACUAUAACAUGGACCAAAUUCGAAAGGCUUUUGUGAUGUGUGUGAAGACAGGCAGACCAGGAGCUGAACAAGAUAGAAGGAGAAUAAUAAACUGGCUUAAAGAGUGCAGGUUUGAAUAUGUAUUAUGCAUCGAUCCUGACAAAGAGGAGUUAAUGAAGAAAUUAACAGAAUUUCGAGAUGGAAUAAAUGGAAUAAAAGAUGAUGUUAGCUGCUGCCUUCUUACUCUUAUGGCCCAUGGAGGAAAAGGCUUUAUAAAAACAGUAUUGGAUGAAAGAGUCAUCUUAUCAGACAUUUUUGAAAUGUUCAACAACGAAAACUGUCCAGGACUUCAAGGGAAACCCAAAAUCUUUGUAAUCCAGGCUUGUAGAGGAGAUCGAAUAGACGGUGGUGUUGUUCAAACAGAUAGUGAAGAAGUGGAACUGAAUGAAUCAGAGAAAAAGCGACUUCCCACAUCGAGUGAUUACUAUAUUGUCUAUUCCACCCAAGAAGAUCAUGUUGCUUUACGCCACCCAAAACGUGGUGCUGUGAUGAUUCAAGCAAUAGAUGAAGUCUUUCGGCAAGGGGGCAAGAAGUUGCAUGUUGUGGAUUUUUUUACUCGAGUGAACAACAGAGUGGUGAACACAGACUUUUACCUGGGUAAGAAUCCUGUAAAAGUGGUACUGGUCAUGGAGUCCACUCUCACCAAAGCUGUGUACUUUUGA